AUCAGACAUAUUAGUGGAAAGAUUGUUGUGAAGCCGUGUACCUCGCUAGAUCGAUGUUUGUGAAUCUGUUGUUUUUCUUCAGCGUCCUGUUGCCUCUAAGAUGCUUUGGGAUGAACGACUAUUACUGCAGGAAUCUGCUUCCGCAGCCUUCUAUCCUUAUAGAUCAGCUGAUGGGAAUUUGGUACGGCAUUGAAAUCAUUGACCACGAAAGCGAAAGACAUUACGUUCGACAAGUGCAGUCAUGUCCAAUAAUACACAUAUCAGAAGACAGAUCAUUCAAUCCCUUGUAUCAAGACUACAACAACUAUAAUUACAACUACGCAAGAAGAGGUUACGACACCUACGAUCUGACAACUGACAGAUCAAGAACAUAUCCUUACGAUCCAUCCACAUACACCAGGAAUCCCUACAGCGUGGACCCUUACAACAAAGAUCCUUAUAACAGGGACAGAGAUCCUUACCGGAGGACACCACAAUAUAGGGAUCCAUUAAAUAGAGAUCCCUAUUCUAGGAACCCAUAUCCCACAAGUUACCCGAACCACAGAGAUCAUUAUAAUCCAGAUCCCUACAACAGAGAUCACGUAGAUGGGGGCCGAUACGAUAUAAACCGCGUCACCAACAGAGGUUACAACGAUCACAGGCUGCCAAAUUUCGACAGACGAUACCACCCCGAUCGUUAUCCACCAGUAGGAUAUGGUAGGAAGUUCUACGAUGAAGUCAAGAGGUUGAGGUUGCUAUGGGAUGAAAACGGAGUCAGUACAGAGUACAUGGUCAGGUUGAACGUAUCAAUGCCUGGUUUCUGGAUCAGUUCUGGACCAAACAAUGGUUCAUCUCUGGACCCUCAAGUGAGUCAUUUUGGCGGUACACUCCAAGUUUUGAAGGUGGUUGGCACCCAUUUGGUACUCAACUUCUGCCACCAGCUUCCAGACAAAAGACACUACACAGUGAUACUUUCAAGGUCUCCUAGCUUAAGCUUCUAUGACAUCAGUGGAGUGCAUGGUCUGCUCCAUAUGAAAGGUUUGGAUACUAACAAUAUCAAGAAAGUUUGCAACAAGGGAAUGGAGAACGUACUGAAUCAAAUAUUGCUAUUUAUGACAGUUGGUGUUGUUUUUUUUAGGUAAUGGAGACCUGAACUUUUGUAUGAAGAUAUUGUUUUUUUGUAAGAUAUGUUUUGAAUAAAUUUUUUGUACUCGUUUCUUUA